AUGAGGAGAGUGUUGACUGCUUGUCUGCUGGCUUUAUUAUUACAGCAUUAUCAGAGCGCAGCUGUGAUCUUCAAGAUGACGAAUGCCGUCUGCGAGUCCUACAAUAAAUCAUGGGUGGAAUUCGGCCUUUGUCGACUCCGAGCCGUGAGCCGCAAUAAGGUCUGCCUCAAUGUUAAUGCCACAUUGCUGCAUCCGGUGCACGAUGUGACUAUAAAAGCCCAAUUGAUGAAGAAAGCUAAUGGCUAUAAGCCUUGGCUCUAUAGAGUGAACUUUGAUGGCUGUCAGUUUUUUAGAAGGCGAAACAAUGCCUUAAUUCGCAUGGUUUGGGAACUUUUUCGGGAAUACUCGACCCUAAAUCACUCCUGUCCCUAUGUGGGUCUGCAGCAGGUUAAGGACUUCUAUUUGAGGUCAGAAAAGCUGCCUACCCCAAUACCAACUGGAGAUUAUCUGCUGAUGAUCGACUGGCUAUUUAACAAGAAGCCCCAAGCUGCCACAAAUGUUUACUUUACUUUUGUGGAGGAUCUAAAGGACAGUAAAUAA